UACGAGGCGGGCAGAAGGUUCCGCCUGCGUCGGGCCGGUACCCCGCGUCCUUCUUAGGGCUGCAGAACGGGAGAAGGUCGCAGCCGACUUCUGGGGAUUUCGGCCAUCAAAGGAGAGCUAGGCAGGGUGCUGAUGCCCGCCCGACCUGCGGGGGUGAAAGUGCAAGAGGAAGUGCAGCCGCUGCCAUCUUUCCUCCGUUCCGAACGCACGGAGCCUGGGGCCGCAGCGCCGCUGCUCCGCCGCCACCCGUGCCUGGCCUGGGGAAGGGCCCACCCUGCCGCUGCCACCCACUCGCUUCGGCCGCCGCCUUCGCCGGCCUCCAAGACCCGGCCUACACCACCGCUCCCGUGCGCGCCGACCGCCGAUUUCGCCUUCGCCUUUUGUUUCCUUUGCUCCGGCGCCCCCACCCCGACUCGCGCUUUGCAGGGGACGCAGCGCGCGCCCCCAGCGGGCCCGGGAAAAGCCUCGGAGCGCGCGCUUGCGCUUGCGCGGCGGACCCCUCCUCCUCCCUGCGCGCGCGCGCCUUUUGGCUGCGCGCCGGCGCCGCCUGGCGGGCGGGAGGGGAGGUGGUGGCCGCGUUUGCAGGAGGGGCGCACCUCUUCGCUGGUUUACCCCCUGGAAGGUAGACCGAGAAAAGGAGCCGGGUAGGAGGAGAGCGAGUGCGGCGCCGGGUUCGGCGGGGGGUGGGGUAGCUAUGUGGGGGGCAGUGCACCGCUGGGUCUAGACGUUCUGAUUCGGGCAGGGGGCGUGUGCGCUGGGCGCACCUGCGAGGACUACCCGGCACCGGGCCGCACGUGCCGGGAGUGUGAUUUGUCCGCUGAGCAAGGCGUCUCGCUGCCUAGGGGAAGGGACUGGAGACCGGCGAGUGCCCGGCCCGAUUAACGGGGAGCGGGCAGCAGCCAUGGAGCGGGUCAACGACGCUUCCUGCGGCCCGUCGGGCUGCUACACCUACCAGGUGAGCAGACACAGUACGGAGAUGCUGCACAACCUGAACCAGCAACGCAAAAACGGCGGGCGCUUUUGCGACGUGCUGCUACGGGUGGGCGAUGAGAGCUUCCCGGCGCACCGCGCCGUACUGGCUGCCUGCAGCGAGUACUUCGAGUCUGUGUUCAGCGCCCAAUUGGGCGACGGCGGAGCUGCAGACGGGGGUCCUGCUGAUGUGGGAGGCGCGGCGGCGGCUCCGGGCGGCGGAACUGGAGGCAGCCGUGAGCUGGAGAUGCACACCAUCAGUUCCAAAGUGUUCGGAGACAUCCUGGACUUCGCUUACACGUCCCGAAUUGUAGUGCGCCUAGAGAGCUUCCCUGAGCUCAUGACGGCCGCCAAGUUCCUACUGAUGAGGUCGGUCAUCGAGAUCUGCCAGGAAGUCAUCAAACAGUCCAACGUGCAGAUCCUGGUGCCCCCUGCCCGGGCUGAUAUCAUGCUCUUUCGCCCUCCUGGAACCUCUGACUUGGGCUUCCCUUUGGACAUGACCAACGGGGCAGCCUUGGCAGCCAACAGUAACGGUAUUGCUGGCAGCAUGCAGCCCGAGGAAGAGGCUGCCAGGGCCACAGGUGCAGCUAUUGCAGGCCAAGCUUCCCUGCCUGUAUUACCUGGGGUAGACCGCUUGCCCAUGGUGGCUGGACCCCUAUCCCCCCAACUGCUGACUUCUCCAUUCCCCAAUGUGGCAUCCAGUGCUCCUCCACUGACUGGCAAGCGAGGCCGGGGACGCCCCAGGAAGGCCAACCUGCUAGACUCCAUGUUUGGGUCUCCAGGGGGCUUGAGGGAAGCAGGCAUUCUUCCAUGUGGUCUGUGCGGGAAAGUGUUCACUGAUGCCAACCGGCUCCGGCAACAUGAGGCCCAGCACGGCGUCACUAGCCUCCAGUUGGGCUAUAUCGAUCUUCCUCCUCCAAGGCUGGGUGAGAAUGGGCUACCCAUCUCCGAGGAUCCCGACGGCCCCAGAAAGAGGAGCCGGACCAGGAAGCAGGUGGCUUGUGAGAUCUGUGGCAAGAUCUUCCGAGACGUGUACCAUCUCAACCGGCAUAAGCUGUCCCACUCUGGGGAGAAGCCGUACUCCUGCCCGGUGUGUGGUCUGCGGUUCAAGAGAAAAGACCGCAUGUCCUACCAUGUGAGGUCCCAUGAUGGGUCAGUGGGCAAGCCGUACAUCUGCCAGAGCUGUGGGAAAGGCUUCUCCAGGCCUGAUCACUUGAACGGACACAUCAAGCAGGUGCACACUUCUGAGCGACCUCACAAGUGUCAGACCUGCAAUGCCUCUUUUGCUACUCGAGACCGUCUGCGCUCCCAUCUGGCCUGUCACGAAGACAAGGUACCCUGCCAGGUGUGUGGGAAGUACCUGCGGGCAGCUUACAUGGCAGAUCACCUGAAGAAGCACAGUGAGGGACCCAGCAAUUUCUGCAGUAUCUGUAACCGAGGUUUCUCCUCUGCCUCCUACUUAAAGGUCCAUGUUAAAACCCACCACGGUGUUCCCCUUCCCCAGGUCUCCAGGCACCAGGAACCCAUCCUGAAUGGGGGAGCAGCGUUCCACUGCGCCAGGACCUAUGGCAACAAAGAAGGCCAGAAAUGCUCACAUCAGGAUCUGAUUGAGAGCUCUGAUUCCUAUGGUGACCUCUCAGACGCCAGUGACCUGAAGACGCCAGAGAAACAGAGUGCCAACGGCUCUUUCUCCUGUGACAUGGCAGUCCCUAAAAACAAAAUGGACUCUGACGGGGAGAAGAAGUACCCAUGCCCUGAAUGUGGGAGCUUCUUCCGUUCUAAGUCCUACUUGAACAAACACAUCCAGAAGGUGCAUGUCCGGGCCCUUGGGGGUCCCUUGGGGGACCUAGGCCCUGCCCUUGGCUCACCUUUCUCUCCCCAGCAGAACAUGUCUCUUCUUGAGUCCUUUGGAUUUCAGAUUGUCCAGUCAGCGUUUGCGUCAUCUCUAGUGGAUCCUGAAGUGGACCAGCAGCCCAUGGGGCCUGAAGGGAAGUGAGACAUGCUGUGUCCCCACAGAACAGCCUCUGGGGACUGCCAAGAAAUGCUGCAAAUGUGGAGGGAAGUGAUGUCUUUGGGUUCUGGAGCUGAGAGAUUUUUAUUCAUUUUUAACCUCAUCCCUGUCCCUACCCUACUCCCCUCCCUGUCCAUCACCCAUUUCUCCUGAUGGCCUUAGAAACAAACAGACUCUCAUCCAAUACUCUCUGCAGAAAUAUUUGAGAGACCCGGUAUGGGACAAGGGCAGAAAACACUACAUAGGCCUUUCCGGCAGCACCGGUCCUGGUUCUUCUAGUUCUGAGUGAGAGCUUCUGGUACUCAGCUCUUGGUGAUCUUGGUGCCCCCUCCCCCCAACUUCUUUCAUUCCUCAUCCCCCUUCCUAUGUCCUCAAAAGGAAAUUACAGUUGGGUCUCUGCCCUCUCAUGGCCAACUAUUUUUAAGAAAGCCAGAAACCUACAGCAUCCAUGGACCAUAGUAUGAGUGUCCUCUGAGAUCCCUUUGAGGUUGGCCCUGGUCUUCCUGAGCUACUGGAAGCUAACAUUUCACUGCCAGGACAAGCUUAUCUACUGAGGACACCUCUACCCCAAAUUCCAGUUUCUUACUUGAUUUUAGCCAUUCAACUUGCUGUUGGGUUUUGAUCUCUAAUUCUUAUUCUUGUUAUUUUUAGCACCAGUUGUAGUGAGUUGCUACUGAAAGCUACCCCAGGUGACACAGAGCUCUUUGUAAACCGCAGUCACACUUUAGGGUUAGUAUUAAACUUUGUUUAGAUGUACCAUAAUAAACUUGGCUAGUUGUUUGAAGUCUAUGGGAGAAAUAGUUUUAUGCAAAAUUUUAAAAAAAAUUCCAGUCUGAUCAGGAAGCGAUUUCAAUGGUGUUGGGGGCCAGGAAAGUGGAAGAGCCUCAGGUAGAGACAUUGUGUACCUUGGUUGUGUUACACUUGAGCAAGCCCAGGUUGACCUUGUGAUGUGAAUUGAUCUGAUCAGACUAUAUUAAAAACAU